AUGAAGGAGAUUCAAAUCGAUGUCAGCAAUUGCUACUGUCUAUUCGGUUGCUAUCGACUCAUCGACGAAGCUCGAGACGCGUUUCACUGUCUCAAGCUCAAUCCCAAGCUGGAAAAACUCGUGAUUGUGGGCACUAAGAGCAAAGAAGAGCGGCGCACCAUCACGGAUAUUGUCGUGCGGUCACUGCUGGAUACUGCGGAAGAUGUCACGUUAUUGAACAAGGAGUUCUACCCUGACGGCUGGGGCAAUCGGCUGGGAGAAUUCAGGGACGGGGUUCGUCCGAAGCUUCACUUCCCAAAGUUCGAGGUAAUCGAGAGGUCCAGGUUCUCGCUUGACGAUUACGAUGUAGAAGGCGGUCUGGAGGAUGAGGAAGUGGAUCUCUAUAAUCUGGUUAUGGAGAAGAAAGGUGGCAAGAUUGAUGAUGAAAUGAUCCUGAAGGGCUCAGGGACGACUCUUGAAGACUGGCAGCGUCUUUGUGAUCGUGGUAACAACUCUGUGAAGGGUAAGAUCAGAGAGCGGUACAGAUCAUCGUCGCGCAAGAGUUACAGGCAAGAUAGCUGUAUGAAUGCCCCUGCCAGCAGUGCUACUCACCGAGCGAUACAGUCCACCACCGUUGGUGAAGUGAGCUCUGGAAAGCGUCAGCUGGGAGAGAUUCAGCUCGAACUUGGGACCUGCUUGAAGCUGCUCGGGCUCAAAAUGGUGGCCGAUAUCAAGGUCGAAGAAUUGGAGCUUGGCAUUGCUUUUGGUAUCAAGCAUUUGGAAGUGAGGCGCAUUCUGUGA